AUGUGUCCGCUGUACGCCGCGACUUUCGAAAACACGGUCCUGCUGUGGCUCCAGUUUGAGAAUGAGUUCUACGAUCGAGCCUUGCCGCUUGACUUGUACGAUGCCGGGACCGACCGAAAGCUCGCGGAUGCUGCAGGCGAGCUUGACCAAAACGUCACGGCCGCUUUGAGUGAUGUCUUUACACGCGACGACUUCUUCCAAUUGGUUGACCAUGUCUAUCAGUUCAACACGACCACGAAUGGCGCUGCUCUUGGCGAAGAGGACCGGAUCGCCCUGGCGGGUGUGUGGCGCGAUUUCUCCAAGAAUGGUCCGAACAUCCCAGUCGGUCCCGAACGCAACGCAUUCAACAACAUGACGGAACGCAUCGAAGCCAUCGAGGACGAGUACUACGCCAAUUUCGAUGAUGCCGAGGUAUACGCAUACUUUACGGCCGACGAACUUCAAGGUCUGCCUGCAAAAGACAUCCAGUCAUUGCCGAAAGCCACAGGCGAGCAUGCUGGAAAGCUAAAUGUCAGCUUGUUCGACUACAGUGACGAUAUCUCCAUGUACUGUGUCAACGAGACCACGAGAUACACGGCGCUCCUCAUGACCUACAACGCGAACCCGAAGGACGUUUCGCUCCAGCACGAGAUCAUACAAUUGCGGUUGAAAAUCGCUCAACAAUUCAACUAUACCUCUUUCGCAGAUUUCACCAUAUCAAAGAACGUUGCUGGUUCAGCGAAAGCAGUGAACGACUUGAUCACAGAUCUCCAAGUCCAUGUCAGCCCGCUUGGAGAGCGUGAGCAGGAAGCUCGCAACGAAUUGAAAGCGCAAGACAAGAACAUCGUGGGCGCUAUCGGUAAAAGCGACAUAGCCUACACAUGGGAUACAGACUAUUACAUAAAGAUCCAAGACAAGGCCGCCGGUUUCGACUACGACCAAUACGGCGACUACUUUCCCGUCAACAUCACGGUCCCUAAAAUUCUGGAAUUUUACGGCGAGAUUUAUGGACUCCGAUUCGAUCGCAUUCAGGGCCAGGACGCCGACGAAUUGUCACCGACCGGUAACGGCAGCGAUCUGGUGUGGUACCCAGACGUACAGCUCUACGCGGUGUGGAACAACGAGGCGUUCAUAGAUGCGUAUCCCGCUUCGAGUACGGAUGGCGGAUGGGUUGGCUACUUGUACCUUGACCUGUUCCACCGCGACGUCGGUAACUCUGGCGUAGGGCAUGAGCAAAGUGUACGCAACGGAUUCAUAGACGCCGACGGCUGUAGACAUUACCCAGCGGUCGCCGCUUUUGGCUCCUCCACAAAAUCCGACAACGAGGAUGAGAUGCCGAGCCUCAUAGCCGAUCCGACUGCCAUUCUCCACGAACUUGGGCACUGUAUGCACCACUUGAGCUCCCGGACCAGCUACUCUCGUAACUUUGGACCAGACGGCGUUCCGGUGGAUUUCGCUGAGUUCCCAAGCCAGCUGAUGGAGCGCUGGGGUUCUCAGCCAGAAGCCUUGAAGCGCAUCUCCUUUCACUGGUCGCAUUUUUCACCGCAAGGGGCUGCCGAGUGGAGGAAGACGCAGAAUGAUACUACCGGUACCAUUGCACUCCCCCCAGCGACCAUUCCCGACGACCUUGUUGCGAAGUUUGUGAAUUCCACCGCAAGCAAGGCGGGUAGCAAGGCCCUGUUCCAAUUUUACUUGACUCGCUACGACCAGGCCCUGUAUAACAUUACCAGCCUUGACGUGGCCGCAGCACUCGACCUGGACGCACUGGCCAAUCAAUUGCUCCGUUCAGUGACCCUCACACCUGACUACCCAGAUCUUGGUUUGGGAUUCGACUGGGGCCACUUCGAAACCCUCCAAACGUACACGGUCAACGAUGCUUACUCUGCCAACUAUUACGCAUAUCUCUGGUGUAAGGUGUACGCCGACGACGUGUUCUUCACAUUCUUCUCCGGAGAGAACCUCUUCAACGGCGAGAUCGGGAUGAAGUACCGCACCACCGUCUUGCAGCCCGGCGGUGCGAGGCCUCCGCUGCAGUCGCUGGAGGACUUCUUGGGCCGCGCCCCGAACACCGAUGGGUAUUUCAGAGGAUUGAGAAUCGACCCUUCGGCGCCAUCUGGUUCUUGA